CUGUGCGUGUUGGAGCUGCUAAGUGCCAAGAGAGUCCAUUCUUUCGGCCCCAUCAGGGAACAAGAAGUGUCCCGUUUGGUCGCUGACAUUUGCUGCAAACAAGGCUCGGCGAUCAACGUUAGCAGGAUGAUUUUCUCACUGACAUAUAGGAUCACAUCAAGGGCUGCAUUUGGGAAACUGUAUAAGAAGCUGGAGUCAUCAUUCAUACAGUUGACCACGGAAAUCAGCGAUGCUACGAGUGGAUUUGGUGUUGCUGAUUUGUUCCCAUCUUUCAAAUUCCUUCAGCUGAUCACUGGGAUUAGGUCCAGAUUGCAGAGAUUGAAGCAAAAAUCUGACCGAAUACUCCAUAUCAUAAUAGAUGAACAUAUAGCAGCAGCAGCAACAAAAGCAGACAAAGGUGAAAAGGAGGUAGUAGAUGAUCUUGUGGAUGUUUUGUUGAAGGUUCAGCAAAAUGGAGACCUUGGAUUCACAUUAACUAUUGAAAGUAUAACAGCAGUACUCCUGGACCUUUUCCUUGCAGGAAGUGAGACUUCAUCGACAGCACUGGAAUGGACAAUGUCAGAGCUGGUUAGAGAUGAAAGAGUGAUGAAGAAGGCACAAACCGAGGUUAGGGCAGUGUUUGGGAAAAGAGGGAAGGUUGAAGAAACAGAGAUUCAUGAAUUGAAUUACCUGAAGAUGGUUAUCAAAGAAAGCCUUAGGCUACACCCUCCGCUGCCUCUCCUAGUCCCAAGAGAGUCCCUGGAGCAAUGCGAGAUGGAAGGGUUUACAAUCCCGGAGAAGACAAAGGUGAUAGUGAAUGCAUGGGCCAUUGGGAGGGAUCCAAAGUGCUGGAGUGAACCCGAGAGAUUCUACCCAGAGAGGUUCAUGGAUAGCAGAACUGCUGAUUACAAGGGGAAUGAUUUCGAGUUCAUUCCGUUUGGUGCUGGAAGAAGGAUCUGUCCUGGAAUCUCAUUCGGUGUAUCUAGCGUCGAGACUGCGCUUGCUAAUUUGCUGUUCCAUUUUGAUUGGAAGCUUCCUGGAGGGGUGAAGCCUGAAAGCCUGGACAUGGAUGAACUAUUUGGUCUUGGGGUAAGGAGGAAAAAUGAUCUGCACUUGAUUCCAACAAUUUGGCAGGCAUAAUCCCUUUUUCUGCUGCAGAUAAUCAGAAAUGAUGGAACAUUAUCAUGUUAG